UUGGGGUAGGCCGGAAGAGCCUCUGAGAGGAAGGGGUGACCCCCACACACACUUGGGAGGGGCCCCCAGUGGGUUGCUGAAGCUGAGUCUAAAGAGGAAGUGAGAGGAGGUGAGGUGCGGCAGGGAGGUAAGCCAAACUGGUGGGGACAGGGGCUGGGCCUGGCCAUUCUGUCCCUUCAGGGACCAGCCCACUCCUCAAUAAGAAAGAGCUCAUAGGAGGCUGGGUGAGAUGCCCUGAAAACUAAUCUCUCUGACUCUGCAGCCAGGCUUGAGGGCCUGGAGCUGGCUGGCUGGGAACUCCGGCCCCAACUUGGUCAGGAGCUUCCCUCACACUGGCUCUCCCUGCACCUUGCAGUGUGGCAUCAGGGGUCUGGGGCGCCAUGGCCCAGGCCCUGGGGGAGGACCUGGUACAGACUUCCGAGCCUCAAGAUGACUCCAGCUCUCUGGGGUCUGACUCAGAGCUGAGUGGGCCUGGUCCAUAUCGCCAGGCAGACCGCUAUGGCUUCAUUGGAGGCAGCUCAGUGGAGCCAGGGCCAGGUCAGCCCCCUGCAGACCUCAUCCGACAGCGGGAAAUGAAGUGGGUGGAGAUGACCUCACACUGGGAGAAAACCAUGUCCCGACGGUACAAGAAGGUAAAGAUCCAGUGCCGGAAGGGCAUCCCCUCAGCACUUCGGGCUCGCUGCUGGCCCCUGCUGUGUGGGGCUCAGGUGUGUCAGAAGAAUAGCCCUGGCACCUAUCAGGAGCUGGCAGAAGCCCCAGGAGACCCACAGUGGAUGGAGACUAUUGGCAGGGACCUGCACCGCCAGUUCCCUCUACAUGAGAUGUUUGUGUCACCUCAGGGUCAUGGGCAGCAGGGGCUCCUCCAGGUACUGAAGGCCUACACCCUGUAUCGGCCAGAACAGGGCUACUGCCAGGCCCAGGGCCCUGUGGCAGCUGUGCUACUCAUGCACCUGCCCCCAGAGGAGGCCUUCUGGUGCUUGGUACAGAUCUGUGAGGUCUACCUCCCCGGCUACUAUGGGCCCCACAUGGAGGCUGUGCAGCUGGACGCCGAGGUGUUCAUGGCCCUGCUGCGGCGGCUGCUCCCACGUGUUCACAAGCACCUGCAGCAGGUGGGCGUCGGGCCCCUGCUCUACCUCCCUGAGUGGUUCCUGUGCCUCUUCGCCCGUUCCCUGCCAUUCCCUACAGUGCUGCGCAUCUGGGAUGCCUUUCUCAGUGAGGGUGUCAAGGUGCUGUUUCGUGUGGGGCUGAUCCUGGUGCGCCUGGCCUUGGGCACUGCAGAGCAGCGCAUGGCUUGUCCAGGGCUCCUAGAGACACUCGGUGCCCUUCGAGCUAUCCCCCCUGCCCAGCUGCAGGAAGAAGUCUUCAUGUCCCAGGUGCACAGCGUGGCCCUGUCAGAGCAGGACCUGCAGCGAGAGAUCAGGAUCCAGAUGGCCCGGCUGCCCAAGUCAUCGCCUGGGCCACCGCCUCAGCCUCAGGCCCGCCUCCCGGGGGCACAAGCCAUCUUUGAGGCCCAGCAGCUAGCAGGGGCUCAAGGAGGUGCCAAGCCUGAGGUACCCCGAAUUGUGGUACAGCCCCCAGAAGAGCCCAGGCCACCACGGCGCAAACCCCAGACCCGAGGCAAGACUUUCCAUGGCCUCCUGACUCGAGCCCGAGGACCCCCCAUCGAGGGAACCCCCAGACCCCAUCGAGGCUCUUUCCUGGACACCCGUUUCUGAGGGUACUGUGGACUCAAGCACCUGAGUGGCUGAUGCCAGCCCACAAAUGGGCACUGCACUUUAUUGCUGGGAUUUGGUGACUUGCCUCUGUUCCCAGCAAGGACCACACGACGGGGAAGGAGACAUCCCCCACUUUACACACUGUGUCAGGCACAAGGGAGGUCACAGAGUCAGGGCUUGUGGGAACUCAGACAGGCCACCACCAGCUGUCUGGUAGCAGUAUUAAAGCCAGCAAUGAAGGGGUAUGGAGGCUGUUGGCUGGGCUGAGGGACCCCAGGCUGCUGAACGUUCUGGAAUAAAGUGACUGAAUAGUUGCUUGAAUGGAAUUGGAUCAAAUGCCUUCUCCCCCACCAACCCCCGGACAGGCUUUCCCUUCCCCUCCAGUGCUUCAAUCUCCUGGGCCAACCCUGGUCCUGUCCUGGGACACAUGGACGCUGCUCAUUGGCUGCUGGGGAAAGUGUUUACAAGCAAGAGGAACCAGCUGGUAACCCCUUGUGGGCAGGUAAGGCUUUGUACCUUGGGGAAGAGGGCUUCCCGGGGAGGCUGGGCCCAGGAUUGAGGCUUUUGCCCCUACUCUGCCCCCCUUUGCCCUUCCCCCAGGCUGGUCAGUAAUCCCUGGGGUGGGAAGGCUCUAACUCAAUUUAUUCUUCCCACCAUGCUCCUGGUCCCAUCUGCCAAAGGGAGCCAGGCAAGAACAAAGGCCUAGUGUGCUCAGGACAAAGGAGAAAGGCCCUGCCAGCCCUUGUCCCUCUCUAAGCCCUGGUGCACCCCCUCGGGACCGCCGCCAUGGAAACUCCCUCUCACACUCACUAAUUGCCCCCAUGGGUGCCUAGGGUGCCUGGGACAUGAGCCAUUGUCAAGACAACAGGGCUGGUUCUGAGGCAGGCAUGUGUCCCCACAGUGCCCAUUCCCAGUUGCCCUGACUC